AUGGUUGUUCCUGCUACCACCAUUGAUAAUGCUGCUGCAGUUCCGACUACCACUCAUGUGGUACAGUUCAAUCCAGCUGCCCAAUUACCUAUCAAACUGCAAGGCAACCUCAACUUUGCCACUUGGAAGGCGCAACUAGUGAUGCUACUCAAUGGACACAAGCUCCUUGGGCACCUCACUGGUACCAAAUCUGCUCCGCCGACCACUAUCACACAAACUGAUAGUACCAUCUCUAAUCCUAAAUAUGAGUUGUGGUUUUGCCAAGAUCAACUAAUUCAACAGGCAAUGAUGGCAUCUAUUGACCCCACCAUUGCUCCCACUGUUGCAAUUGCCUCUUCGGCAAAAAUAGCUUGGGAUCUCCUUCAUACAGCUUAUGCCAAUAGAAGUCACACUCGCAUCUUUAGCUUACGAGAUCAGUUGCAAAACAUGAAAAAGACUUCCAAAACAGUUGCUACUUACCUACAGGAGAUCAGAUCAGUUGCUGAUGCUCUCAAAGUAGCGGGCUCUCCAGUGGCUGAUGAUGAACUAGCAGUCAAGAUCUUGAGUGGCCUAGGUCAUGAGUACCGUGAAAUCACUGUCGCUAUAAGGGCGCGCGACACAGCCCUAAGCUUUGAGGAGCUAUUCCAGAAACUCACUGACCAUGAACUCUUUCUCAAACAUCAAGAUAUUGACAGGUCGUCCUCCAUCAUCACGGCUGCAGUUGCACAAAGGACCAACUUUCAGCCCCAACAUCAGAGAAAUAAUCGUCGCUUCCCAAAUCAAUCUUCAAGACCACAAGUUCCACGACAGGUGUUAUACCCCAUUUUAAUCGGGUCAAAAUAG